AAAAGCAAGGGUACUUUUGUGUCUGAGAUACAUAACACAAUUACACAACAAAGCUCAAAGGACAGCAUCGUCGUCAAAACUCAGCUCAGAUCGACAGAAGAUCGAGAAACAACAUCAGGUCCAAUGCAAAAAGAGAUGGUUUUGCACUCGCUAACAAGUGUGCUAGAUCAGCACUUGCCUCGCCCUCGACAAUGGCAGCUGCACCCACUCCCAGCAGCAGCAACCACCCCCCUCCCGCUGCUGUUCGCCAUCCUGCUCCUCCUCAUCUCCAUCUUCCUCGUAGCAACAACAACAACUCGCAGGCGCAGGCAGAACACCACCACCAGCAGCAGCACGUACCACCUCCACCUGGCGCCGCCCGCGCCGCCGGGGCUGCCCAUCCUCGGCAACCUGCACCAGAUGGGCGCGCUGCCGCACCGGAGCCUCCGGGAGCUGGCGCGCCGGCACGGGCCGGUCAUGUUGCUGCGGCUGGGGACGGUGCCCGCCGUGGUGGUGUCGUCGGCCGCCGCGGCGCGGGACGUGCUCAAGACGCACGACGCCGACUGCUGCAGCCGCCCGGACACGCCGGGGCCCCGGCGGCUGUCGUACGACCACAACGACGUGGCCUUCAGCCCCUACAGCGAACAAUGGCGAGAGCGGCGCAGGCUCCUCGUCGUCGAGUUCCUCAGCAAGCGCCGCAUCCAGGCCACUUGGUACGCCAGGGAGGCCGAGAUGGAGAAACUCAUCAGCAAACUAAGCAGCGUGGGACGUAGAGCUGUGUUCCUGGAGGACCACAUCUUCGGGUACAUGGACGGCAUCGUGGGCACGGUGGCGUUCGGCAACAUCUACGGGACGGAGCACUUCGCGUACAAGGACCACUUCCACCACGUGAUCGACGAGGCCAUGGUGGUGCGGUCCAGCUUCUCCGCCGAGGACUACUUCCCCAACGCCGUCGGCCGCCUCCUGGACCGCCUCACCGGCGUCGCCUCCCUCCGCGAGAGGGUGUUCAGGGAGUUCGACGCCUUCUUCGAGAUGAUGCUCGACCAGCACCUCGACCCCGCCCGCGUCAAACCCGACAAUGGCGGCGGCGGCCUCAUCGACGUCCUCGUCGGCCUCAUGAAGGAGCACCAUGGCUCUCUCAGAUUCAGCAGAGACGUCGUCAAGGCACUACUAACCAACACAUUUAUCGGUGCCGUCGACACGGGCGCGGUGACCAUCAUCUGGGCAAUGGCAGAGAUGGUCCGGAAGCCGGAGGUGUUGAAGAAGGCGCAAGAGGAGGUCAGGGCCAUGGCGGGCAGCAAAGGACGAGUGCAGCAAGACGACGUGGCGAAGCUCAGGUACCUGAGGGCGGUGGUCAUGGAGACGCUGCGGCUGCACCCGGCGCUGCCCCUCCUGGUGCCGAGGGAGACCAUGCGGCGGAUCACGGUGUCCGGGUACGACGUGCCGGCGAGGACGAGGGUGUUCGUGAACGCGUGGGCGAUCGGGAGGGACCCGGCGAGCUGGGACGACCCCGAGGAGUUCGUCCCGGAGAGGUUCGCCGGCGACGAGGCCGCCGCCGCUGCCAGCUUCUUCAACCGGGCGCGGUUCGAGUUCCUGCCGUUCGGCGGCGGGCGCAGGAUGUGCCCCGGGAUAGACAUGGGGGUGGUGACCACGGAGUUCACGCUCGCCAACCUGCUCUACUGCUUCGACUGGGAGCUCCCGGAGGGACAGAGGAGGGAGGACAUGUGCAUGGAAGAAGCCGGAGGACUCACCGUCCAUAAGAAGACGCCCCUCUUGCUUGUGCCAACCAGAUACACAAUCGUAGAAGCGUCGUAGCAUGAGAAUUAAAGAAGACACACGACAAUCUGCAAGUGACUACUAUAUGUAUGAAUAAAGAUCUAUGGGUUGUUGGAUUGAACAAAUUAGAGUAGUUUUGAUAUCGUUGUAGAUGCUCUAAUUAUUUAUAAAGGCUCCUAAAAAUAUCUACCUCUA